CCGGUGCGGAUCGCGUUUCGCAACUGUUCGCCGUGCGCCCGUGCCCAGCUGUUUUCUAUUUCCCGGCCCCUCUCCGCGCACUUUAACCCCUGCCCGGGGGAGAGGGGCUGGCCCGGGGCGGGGGCGCGGCCGGAGCAGCUGGAGGAAGCGAGGCCAGCAGGAAGAGGAUCACGUCGCCCCACCUCGAGGAGGAGACCCCACGCCACCCCAGCGGGUCCCCUGGCGCCCCGCCCCUGCGCGCGCUGCUCCUCCCGGGCGAGCUACUUUCGGACGAGGAAAGUGAGGGCGGCCCCGGGUGACAGCGCCGCGGGCCAGUCCCGGAAGCCGCGCGCCUGCUCGCGUCUCGCCUGCCGCGCGCCCGGCCAGGGGCACAGCCCGCAGCCAGGAUGGCCUCGACCACCACCUGCACCAGGUUCACGGACGAGUACCAGCUCUUCGAGGAGCUCGGAAAGGGGGCAUUCUCAGUGGUAAGAAGAUGUAUGAAAAUCCCUACUGGACAAGAAUAUGCUGCCAAAAUUAUCAACACCAAAAAGCUUUCCGCUAGGGAUCAUCAGAAACUGGAAAGGGAAGCUAGGAUCUGCCGUCUCUUAAAGCACCCCAAUAUUGUACGACUUCAUGACAGCAUAUCAGAAGAAGGCUUCCACUACUUGGUCUUUGACCUAGUCACCGGGGGAGAGCUAUUUGAAGACAUAGUGGCGAGAGAAUAUUACAGCGAAGCUGAUGCCAGUCAUUGUAUACAGCAGAUUCUAGAAAGUGUAAAUCAUUGUCACCUAAAUGGCAUAGUUCACAGGGACCUGAAGCCUGAGAAUUUGCUUUUAGCUAGCAAGUCCAAGGGAGCAGCUGUGAAGCUGGCCGACUUCGGCUUGGCCAUCGAAGUGCAAGGAGACCAGCAGGCGUGGUUUGGUUUCGCCGGCACGCCUGGAUAUCUGUCCCCAGAGGUGUUGCGUAAAGAUCCCUACGGAAAGCCAGUGGACAUGUGGGCAUGCGGUGUCAUUCUCUACAUCCUCCUGGUGGGAUACCCCCCGUUCUGGGACGAGGACCAGCACAGACUCUACCAGCAGAUCAAGGCUGGAGCGUACGAUUUUCCGUCACCAGAGUGGGACACAGUGACCCCCGAAGCCAAAGACCUCAUCAAUAAAAUGCUGACAAUCAACCCUGCCAAGCGCAUCACCGCCUCGGAGGCCCUGAAGCACCCGUGGAUCUGUCAACGUUCUACUGUGGCUUCCAUGAUGCACAGACAGGAGACGGUCGACUGCUUGAAGAAAUUUAACGCCAGAAGAAAACUCAAGGGCGCCAUCCUGACCACGAUGCUGGCCACCAGGAACUUCUCAGCAGCCAAGAGUUUGCUGAAGAAACCAGAUGGAGUCAAGGAGUCAACUGAGAGUUCAAAUACAACAAUUGAGGAUGAAGAUGUGAAAGCGCGGAAGCAAGAGAUUAUCAAAGUCACUGAGCAGCUGAUCGAAGCGAUCAACAACGGGGACUUCGAGGCGUACACAAAAAUCUGUGACCCAGGCCUUACUGCCUUUGAACCUGAAGCCUUGGGCAAUUUAGUGGAAGGAAUGGACUUUCAUCGAUUCUACUUUGAAAAUGCCUUGUCCAAAAGCAACAAACCCAUUCACACGAUCAUCCUGAACCCGCACGUGCACCUGGUGGGCGAGGACGCCGCCUGCAUCGCCUACAUCAGGCUCACGCAGUACAUGGACGGCAGCGGGUUGCCCAAGACCAUGCAGUCGGAGGAGACGCGCGUGUGGCACCGCCGGGACGGGAAGUGGCAGAACGUCCAUUUUCAUCGCUCGGGGUCCCCCACCGUCCCCAUCAACUAAGCCCCCACAGUGCUUCUUCUGCAUCCUGUGUCCUCCGGGCGCCUGGCUGGUCCCCCGGUCGUUUGCUCCUCCUCUUCAUGCAUGUUACCGAGUGCAUGAAGCAGUGAAGGUCGUCCACGUAAUGCACCCGUGAUCCAUCAUCUUGUCAUGUGUUCCUUCCUGUCCAUUGUUUACACUCAGCCGGGGGGUGUUCCCUGCUAGCCCGCGUCACUGUUGGCACGCGAGAGGGGCGGUCAGACAGAAAGGUCCAAGGACAACCUGUUCGGCACGUUUCUCUGUUCAUGCCAAGAUUCGACAGACUCCAGAGUUCUCGUUCUCCAAAUGACAGUUUGUAAGAGAAAUGUACAUUUUUAAAAACUCUUUGCUGUUCAUCUGUUUUUGUUCAUUUAACAAAAAAAAAAAAGGGCAAAAAAAAAACCCCAAAACCCUUCAGUUUCCCGGUGUGACCCCAGCUCAUGGGGGGGUGCCCCGCUGAAUGCUUUGUUGCCUUUAACCAUUGAAGAGGGUUGGAAUGUGGGCGAAAUCCCUGAUGGAGGCGCAAGCGGGGGUCGGUGGGUUUGGUGCCACCUGCAGGCGUGUCUUUCGGUCAAACCACACGAACUGGAAAAAUUCUUCUCUGAGCGUUUGCUCACUUUCGCACAUGUGCACCCGGCUCUGGUGAAGUCGCCAAAUGGAACUUUUUCUCCUGUUCUCAAAUCUGUUCUGUUUUCCCCAUUGCAUCCUAGCUCCUUGCUCCUGCUGUCUGCUUCCCUUUUCAGUUUUCUUUUUUUUUUUCCACUUUAUUCCCCUCUCUUUUUUUUUUUUUUUUUUUUUUUCGGUUAGUAGUGUGGGAGGAAAGUGAAAUCUGCGUAGGGAUGGGCUUUGGGGAGAGAGACGAUUCACCUAAUACUUUGGAUCCUCUUCAGGGCCCACGGAAAUGUCAGUGAGAUCUUAGGGUUUUCAGUUCUGCACAGGCUCUAGUUUGAACAAGGGACCCUCCUCGGGAAGGCGCUAGGAAUUGUUUCAACAUGGGGGUAAGCAAGCCGGUCACUGCACCCUCUGUACCUGAGGGGUCUUGCUGCUGGAGCCACCCCCGGGGCCGCCCAGGAAUUCUUGCACUGGCAGGGGCAGAGCUCUGCUGGCUUCUGUGGGGGGGGCCUGCCUGCUUCUGUGGGGGCCCUGCCUGCCGGGGCCUCCUGGCUGGUUUUCAGACGUGAGAGAACUUGUGCAUGUUUUCCAUUUUCACAAGCGUUUUGAACUUGAUCUUCGUGACUUGUGUUUUUUUAGCUUCUCUCUUGUGGCAGUGACAUUACCUUCCUGCGAGGAGUCAGGAUUUUCCAGUUAAAAAAAAAAGACGAGAAGGGAACUAGCCCCGUUUCUUUGAUGCUUCUCAUUUCUCCUUGGUUCAUGCAAUCCUUGUGAGCCUUUUUCUCGUCCCUGAAACGCUGUAUAGUGCAUGGUACCCUCAUCAAUGUUAUUUUAACAAUAGCAACCCGCAGCCCUAGAAGCCUAUUUUCAAACGCAGAAGCAAAAAAAUACAAAAAUAAAAACAAAAAAAAAAUCCCACCAAAAAACCCUCCUCAAUUCUCUCUCAUUUCACCUUCUGUGUUGAUUAUACUAAUCACCUUAGAUAUUGUUGCUAGUGGAUGUACGGUAGAUGGAUUGAAGCUUUUCUGAUAAAUAUUACACGAUUUAAAACAAUAUAUAUUUAAAAUAAAUAUAUACAGUAAAUGUAUUGAGCCAUGUUAACCUGCCAAUGAGAUCUGUGAAAAAGUAACGGCCUCAUUUUCCCUUUUUACUUUCUUUUACCUUUUUGUGAAAUGGCUACACGUGGCAUACAUGUAUUUAAAAAAAAAAUAGGUAUAGCGUGGUGUUUUUUUUUACACUUUGAACUUAGCAUGUGGUGUUGAAGUAUUCGCGUAGAUCGAGUGUGUCUUCCUCACCGCGAUGUGAGGGAAUUGUGAUUUGUUCUCUCCACCACGACUGAAUUACACAUUUAUUAUCUUCUAUCAUUUUGAAACACUGCAGUUUACCAUGGGACACUGUAUAUAUUUCUUGCCAUAAUGGUAAAUGACUGAUUGAUAUAUUUAAGAAUUAAUAAAUUUGUGAUUUCUG